AUGAAUGAUCUUGAUUCUGGAGAUGUUGCUAAUAAAUUUAGUGACUUCUAUGAAUUUGAAGAAUUCUUAGGUUCAGGAGGAUUUGGUAAAGUAGUUUAGGCAAAGAAUAUCAAAGGAGAAAGCGUAGCAGUCAAAAUAGUACCUAAGAGAGAAUGUAGAAGAAGUUAUUCAGAAAUACUAGCAGAAGCCAGUAUUUUGAGUUAAAUGAAACAUCCAAAUAUAGUGUAGUUUAAAAGAGUGCAUGAAACAGAUACAAGAUUAUUAAUAGAAAUGGCUUUGGUGAAGUACGGGUAAUUGAAAAGACUAUUUACCGACAAGCUUGAAUUGAGUUAUGAAUAGAAGAGACAAUUAAUGCAAACUCUAUUUAAAACAGUAGCAUUCAUCCAUGAGAGAGGAGUUGUACACAGAGACCUUAAACCUGAGGUGAGGAUUGUAUGUAUACUAGAGAACCUUCUACUUGAAGAUCCUAACGACAUGACAACUUUGAAAAUAGUGGAUUUUGGAUUGUCGACAAGAUCUCAGCUUCUCAUUAGUGGAUAAUGUGGCACUUUAAUUUACAUGGCUCCAGAAUUCUUUACAAGUAAACAUUACUCUAAAGUAAUAACUUAAAUCAAUAAAAUAGCCAGUGGAUAUUUGGAGUUGUGGAAUUAUACUGUAUAUGGUGUGUACAGGUGGAAAACAUCCAUUAUAUAUAUAAGGAUAAACAGCUGAUGAAUAUAGAGAGAAACUGUAUGAACAUCUGUAAGAUCCGAAAUGGAAUUUCCCUGAAGGCUUUGACUAAUUGGCCAAGAACCUUUUCUUAAAAUGUGUUGCAGAGGAUCCCAUGCAUAGAUAUAAUGCACAUUAAAUUUUACAUCAUCCAUGGAUUACAGGGAAGGUUAAUGAUCCAAUUCCACUCUCUUUACCUGAAAUGUAUAAGUCUUUUUCAAUGAGAGAGAGGGUUACCAAGAUUAUUAAGGCUUUAAUGAUAAUUAGAAUGAUGUCUAAGGAUUAUUGGAGGUGUGUCAAUACUAAGAAAAUUGAUACAUCUUAUUUAGAAUAAGUAAUUAUAUAUAUAAUGAUAUUAGUGUAAUAAAAUAUCCCAUGUACAUUAACAAUAAUAAUAAUAAUAGAGUUUAUUAGAUAAGUCUUAUGUAAAAGAGAUGAUGGCUGAACAUGCAUAAAUUAAAUCAAGAUAACAUAAUAAUAAUCAUAGAGUUGAAACACCUAAAUAUCAAAGCAUCCUCAAAAGACUGAUAGAUCCAUCUCGAAAUUAGCAUGACUCUUAUGUAGACUAACCUUUUAAUAGUUAAAUUGUGGAUGAAAAUAUGCUCAAUUAAUACAAUUCUAUCAAUAAUAAUCAAUAAACUGAAGGUUCCCAACGGUCUGUUUCCUAAUAAAGUAAUUAGGAUGCGCAAGAAUGUGCUGAAACUAACAGUGGCAAACUUAUUAUUAUCAAAAGAAACAAUCAAAAUAAAAAGAAAACUAAAAAGAUUGUUUAAUUUAUUACUACUAAAAAAUAAAACAAUAGUUCAGUAGAUUUGCAAUAGAGAUCUAGAUCUACAACUGCUAAUAAUCCUAAAUAGCUUAUAAAUAAUCUUGCAGAGAACAAAUAAUUUGAAUCUCCUAAGAAAAUUUAACUCGCAUCUCUCACUUAAUUUUAGUAACACCAACAAUCUCAACCACAUCUCAUCUAACCCUAGUAAUCCAUACCAUUUUUGAAUACUGUCUCACAAUUUAAUGUUUUAAAACCACUCCCUUCAAACUAAUCACCAGUCCAUAGACUUAGUAGUCAUAAUGGUGGCAAUACUCCUAGUAUGUACAACAUCUUGAAUUAAAAUACAGAGCAAUAGUAAUAACAAUAAAAUCAGACCUAAGUUUAUGGUUAUAUUAGAAAAACCAGUGUGAUAUCUUAAGAUCCAAAAGUAGUUGAACCUCCAAGUAAGUAUUUUAUACAAUAUUUUGUUAUUUUAGGAAAGAGUACUAAUACUUCUACUAGAAAAUUAAGUGUUGUAGAAUUAGAUUGUCAUGAUUAAUAUAAAUAUGAAUAAUAAGAAAGUAAAUUAUUAUAUAAUUAAAAUAUAGAAAUUGUGCAUAACUAAUUCCUGCCUAGAGGAUGGUGCAAAACCUUACCAUUUUAAAAGUUUUUGCCAGCAAAAUAAAUGUAAGUCCAUCCUCAAUUUAUUGAACUUAAUGCUUUGAGAUAACAGAUUAAAAUUCCUUUACCGAUUUAGCUUUAGGUUCCAAAAAAAAAAUGA